UCCAGAUUGCUACUUAAUUACGACAGAUUUCAGUCCGAAUCCACAGAACUACCAGCAGCACCAGCACUUACUCAUAUUUCCAGCCAAAAUCAGCUUUGAAAUUCAGCUGUCAUGGCGAACGUUGAUGACCAUCCUAUUUGGAAGUAUUUCAACGUGCCGGAGGGUGGUAAAUGCGACUCCACCGUAGACAAGCAGUGCAACCUUCAAGACGAUGCUGAAGAAGGUGGCAGCUGCGGGACCCGGUUUCUCCCCACCCGGACGUCGACUUACUGUAUCAUGGGUCGCCUGCUUGAGGAGUGCAAGUCGAAGACCGAAAACACCCUCAAGGAUGUGAAGGAGUCAUGGAGCGAAAUUGGUGUGAGCAUCGCGUGCGACGGGUGGACGGAUGGCGAAGGCCGACCUCAGCUCAACAUCCUGGCGGUGAACUCCCGUGCAAGCGUCUUCCUGUUUGGCGUGGACUGCGGCACGGAUAAGAAAGGAGCCGACUACAUCGCCAAACAUUUGAAGACCGCGAUUGUGGAGGUCGGCGCAGAGAACGUCGUUGGACUGCUGAUGGAUGGUGCGAGCGCGAACAUCAGCGCUGCCAGCAUCGUGGCGCAGGAGUAUCCUAAAGUGCUGUGGAUUCGUUGUGCCGCACACGCGCUCAGUCUCUUGAUGAAAGACAUUGGCGAGCUUAACUGGGCCAAACCCACCAUCGAGGAGGCGCAACAACUCAUAUCUACAUUGAAAAACGCACAGUGGAUCACGGGCCACUUUCGGGAGGACUCGCUGAAAGUGUUGAAGACUGCAGGCAUUCGGUUCGGGACGAACUACAUCGCUCUUGAGCGGUUGAUUUUGGUGCGUCGCACAUUGAAGAAGAUGGUGUCGACCAAGGGUUUCAAGGACUACAUGAAGGGGAGGCCUAAACUGAGGGUUGCACGGGGUACCAUUAAGCGCCCUGGAUUCUGGAAGGGCGUUGAACAGGUGGUAGUUGUGCUGAAGCCAAUCUACAUGAUGCUGAGGCAGGUCGACGGCAAUCAGGAGGUCAUGGGCAAAAUGUGGGAGAACAACAUCAACUGCCCUCUUUAUGUGGUUGGGCGCAUUCUUUAUCCGCCGAACCAGUACGAGAAGAUAUUCGGACCGGAUCGCGAGUGCACCAAGGUAUUCAAACAGUUUGUGCGCGACUACUACAAGGGAGAGACUGUGAAGAUGGGGAACGUCCUGUCACCAAUGGCGACAGUUGUGGAAACCGAGAUUCUGACGUACACCAGGGGGACGGGAGAAAUUGGAGAGCAGAAAGCUAAGGACGAACACAUCCUUAUCAAGGAGGGUCACCUGGAUCCUGUGCAGUGGUGGGUUAUGAAUGGCUCCGACUGCCCUCACCUGACGAAGUUGGCGUGCAAGAUUCUCAAGCAGUGCGUGUCGGCGUCCACAUGUGAGACGAACUGGGGUGUGUGGGAGUCCAUCCACACCGCACGCCGCAACCGACUCGGCCCCAAGCGUCUUGCGGAUUUAGUGUACGUCAGUCACAACUACCACACUGUGAAGAAACUUGAUGAGGACUUCGCCAAGAAAAUGAUGGUGACAGCACUACCAAUGAUUCGAGAGGAGCCCAAGGAUGGCUAUGAGCCACUUGACGAGGAUGAUGACAUCCAAGAUGAAGCUUACUUGGACAUUUCCACUGUGGAUGAGUCUGAGGACGAGCCUGAUGACGAGUCUGAGGACGAAUCUAGCGAUUCAGAGUGAUCCGAGUAGGUGUUUUGCUCGGGGGAAA